AGAAGAUGGCAAAUGGCAUUAGCCAUUGGGCUUUAAAAGAAAAGCGGUUUCAUAUGGACCCACACAAUUCUGAAAUUUAUUAUGCCCCCAAUUUUUAUUUAUUAAUUAGUGGAUGUCAACGUUGCUGCCAACCUGUUAUUUGCUAAAAUAUCAGCCAAAAAAAUUUUCCCAAAUAAAAAAAAAUAUAAUUAAAUUAUAGACAUUAACGCAACAUCAAUCAGUCACAAAUUCUUGACAGCAGAAGUCAGCAGUCAGCAAUCAGCAAUCAGCAAUGAGGGCUUUCCUAGUCUCCAGUCUGUGGUGUAGGAGAAGCAUCAAAGGCAUCAACUUUCAACUUUCAGCUCCGGGCUUUCGGUGAUACGGCACACUAUUAACUUGUCUGGUCGGCUCAAAUGAAAACUUCCCGCUGAUCUAAGCAAAAAAGUAAAUAUAUAUUUGAUUGUCCCCUCUACGCCUUACCCAACAACGACCUCGUCGAUUACCCACAUAAAAAGCUCGAAAAAGAUAAGAGAAAAUAGACACCCAGAACCUGCAUUAUUGUACAUCCAAGAAAUUUUGCUUCUUUUUUACUCUCUCCUCUUUGUUCUUGUUGCUUUUUUUACAUCUCUUAUGCUUUUUUUUUUUUUUUUGAAUACAUCUCUUUUGCUUUUUAUCUCUCUCUCUCUCUCUCUCUCUCUCUCUCUCUAUCUUUUUCCUUCUCUGUGACUUUUCCUCAAGCACUUGUAUGCAUAUUUCCAGUAAGGCAGUAACCACAGUACCAAGCUGUUUUAUUCUCAUAGGAAGGAGGUAUUUUUUUUUUUUUUUAAAUUGAGUUGUUUGAGUGAUGAUAAGAUAAGGGAAAAUAAUAAGGUACAAUGGAGGGAGCAGAGUUGGAAUUGGAGAGGAGGAGCCGGUUCUUGAACAGUUUGAUAGAGAAGAAGAAAGCUAAAGAACAGCAAGAGCAAUACAACCGGCUUAAUGUUCGUGUCAGAGCUUCUGAUAUGCCCAUUCCUUUGCAGACUCGAGCUUUUAAGUGUGCUCGUGAUCAGCUGGACUCCAUGCCUGGAAAGCUCGAUAGCAAACGCCUGGCUCUUGCCCUUAAGAAGGAGUUUGACUCUGCAUAUGGUCCAGCUUGGCAUUGCAUAGUGGGAACUAGCUUUGGUUCAUAUGUUACUCAUUCCAUAGGAGGCUUCUUGUAUUUUUCAAUUGACAAGGUGUACAUCUUACUCUUUAAGACUGCGGUUGAGCCUUUAGACCAUUGAUGAUUUGCAAAUUUGAGUGCCACGCUCUUGUAUGUUUUUCUUGAUAUCAUAAUUUUUCAUCUUCUUUUUGU